GCCAAAAAUUCGGACAUGUAUCCGCGCAUGAUCAGUGACCGUUAAUCAGAAUGUUUUGUACAGAAAUUUCUGACAUCCAGUUGACAAGUGUGAAUCGCGAAGUUGUUAGCAGAAUUGUAAUUUGUUCGUUCUAAGCAGUCAAAUAUUUACCGAUGUCCGAGAACAGAGAGGAGAUCUUGGCUGACUUUCAGGCCUGCACUGGUAUUGAAGAUGUUGGUGAAGCAAUCUAUCACUUAGAGGAAACUAACUGGGAUCUACUUCGGGCAGUGAGUAGAGUGAUGCCUCCCGACAGCCAGUCGUUCCAGCCGCAGCGCACCGAUCCAGAUGUGAUGGUGAUCGAGGACGAUGGCAGUGACGCCGAGCCUCCAACCGAAACUGGUACCGACAUGAUGGAGGUGGGGAACAAUGUGGGCCCGUCCAAGAAGGCGAAGCCCCUCGUCUCAUUGCCCGCAGAGAACAACAUGCCAUCCACAUCGAGUGCCAAGAUGAUCAAGUUCAUCGUUCAGUACUGCGACAGAACCAUCACCGUCGAACUGCCGGACAGUGCGACAGUCAGUGACUUAAAACUAAAUUUACAACAGAAACUCAAGAUUCCACCGUGUCGCCAAUUACUUUCGUUAUGGGCCAGAAUGUCGGAGUACGAACACACAAGUUUCUCAAAACUGAUGGUCCCCGACGAGAACAAACUCACACUUACCCUGAAAGCCGGCGAUGGGGGCUUCUCCGCCGAAGAAGAUAAUGAAGUGAUGAAAAAGCUGAACGGCACGUACACCCUGACCAUUAAGUACGAGAGCAAGACUUACAACCUAAAAUAUGCAGGGACAAAGACUAUACUCGAUGUGAAGACCGACUUCUAUUCGGUCUCGAGUCUGCCUUGCCGCAACCAGGCCUGGACCGGUUGGCCACCGAAUAUAGACGAUCAAACGAUGCUCGCACUGUCAGGCAUAGACUAUCCAACACACCACUUAACAGUUGCGAGGAGUGCCCAGUCAAAUCAUGCAACUACUAAAAAAUCCAUGCCCUGCAUUCAUAUCGACAGCGACGAAGACGAAUUUGAAGACGCCUCGGAAAGUUUCAACGUCGACGAUGACUAUUUCGUGGAUAACGUCACAACUAAAAGACCAGAGCCGUUGAUUCCGGAGGACGUCGAGGACGAAAUAGUGGGUAGCAUCACGUUUUCGGAACAGUUCACCCAGAGGUACGGUCCGAUCCAUCCGGCAUUUUAUCAGGGAACUUUGGAGGAUGCGCAGAAGGAGGCGUGCAACAAACCGGCUAAAGAUAGGAAAAUCUUGGCAAUGUACCUGCAUCACGACGCCAGCGUUCUCACCAACGUGUUUUGCACGCAGCUGCUCGGAUUCGAGAGCGUGAUGCAGAUCAUUGAGAAAAAUAUUGUGCUGUGGGGCUGGGAUAUUACAUUCGAGAGUAACCGUGCGAAAUUGCAAACGGCGGUGACAAACGCCUUGGGCACGACUGCGGCUAUGAGUCUGAGAAAUAUUGCGAUAGAUAAAUUGCCCGCCAUCGUUUUAAUCAUGAAAAUCAGAUCGACAACAGAGAUUUAUAAUGUGGUUUACGGAAAUGUGGGUGUGAAUGAAUUACUUUCUAGCCUGAUAGAAUGUGUGGAAGUUUUUAGCGAACAUCAAAGAGUUGAAGCUAGGGAGGAGCAAGAAAGGGCAGAGAGGGAACUGGUGAAGUGGGAACAGGACAUGGCUUACAAGGAAAGUUUGGAGGCAGACAGGGCAAAGGAAGAAGCCAGGAGGAAGCAGGAACAGGCGGAAACUGAACGGAAACAAAUGGUGGAAAUGGAGAAGGCUGCAGAGGAACUAAAAAAGGAGGAGUUGAGGAAAUUGGUGGAGGCCAGUUUACCACCAGAGCCUCCCGCAAGUGAAGACAAGGACAUAACUAAGAUUAGAUUCAGAUUUCCUAAUGGGGAUAACGUCGAGCGUAGGUUUCAAGCUACUACGCCUCUUAAGGUACUUUUGGACUUCUUAAUUGUUAAGGGAUACCCCAGCCAAGAGUACAAAGUGAUAUCUAGCUGGCCUAGGAGGGAUCUGACAUCAUUAGACUUGAAUCAGUCACUUAAGCAGUUAAAACUGUAUCCUCAAGAAACUGUGAUAUUAGAAGAACGAUAAUUCAAUUUUCGUUUGCAUUCCCUAAACAAAGAAGGGUAAAUUUUUAUAACAGCAUUUAAACAAUAUUUUUUGUCUUGUAGAAAGAUAUAUAUGAAUUAUAUCUGAAAAUAUAUUCUUUAUUGAAUUCUUUUUUUAUCGACGUGGCCCUUGAUUAAAAAUUGUGAGUAAAAACAAGCUCUCCUUUUAUUAAGCUAUAUUAAUCGAUUUUUUGGAACAUUAUUAAUUGUAUACAUUGUCCAAAUGUGAAUUUGUGAGCUUGUUUAUAUGCUGUUAUGUUUUGUCAGUUCAAUAUUAAUUAGUAUUAGCUUAAUUUAUAAUAAAAUUUCAUAAAAUUUAAA